AGCAGAGCCAGACCGAGGCCAGUGAGUCAGAGCGGAGGACGGGACACAGGACGGCCCGACUAAACAACUCCCUCAAGUAGCCUUCUUCUGACACUGCAUUCGGGGUUUUUCGCCUUUAUUUAUCACCUGGAAUGAAAUGCUUUUACGCGGAUGACUUGAAAGAUCAGGUCGAGAUCCAUCCUGGUGACUCCAAACUGACCCGUGUGUCCCAGCUUGAGCCGCCUGGCUCAGAGAGUUCACCACCAUGUCUUAACACCUCACGCUCCCCUCUGAAAACCCUGUCCCCCCUUCCCUCUCUCUCCUCUCCCUCCCCCUCCUCCUCCUCCUCCCCCUCGGUCCUCCCUGUAGGAGCUCCCCAGUCCUCUGGAAACCACAGUGCCUCCUCUGGAGAGAUGAGUCUGCAGCAGCAGCAGGGGUCUGAGCGGGACCUUCCCUCCGCCGCCUCAUCUGUCAGUCUACCCUCUGUACGAAAGACACCUAAAAAGCGGCGCAUCUCACUGCGCUCUCUGUUCCGCCGGCGCUGCGGUGAUCCCAAAUCCCGUAAGUCACGGGCACUGGCCGCCGGAUUGGACGGCAUCGCCAGUGUGGAGAGCGUGCACUCGGAAAUGUGCCAGCAGCAGGAUCACACCUCAGCGCUGUCUGCACCCAGUAUGGCCUCCACCUCAUCUUCCUCGUCCUCAUCCUCAGCCUCCACCUCUGAACUGCUGGAGUGUCCGCUGUGCCUGCUGCGCCACACCAGAGACCGCUUCCCUGACAUCAUGACAUGCCACCACCGCUCCUGUGCCGACUGCCUCCGACAGUAUCUGCGCAUCGAGAUCUCUGAGAGCAGGGUCAACAUCAGCUGCCCAGAGUGCUCGGAGCGCUACAACCCCCACGACAUCCGCAUGAUCCUCAACGACCGUGUGCUCAUGGAGAAAUAUGAGGAGUUCAUGCUGCGCCGCUGGCUGGUGGCCGACCCGGACUGCCGCUGGUGCCCUGCUCCAGACUGCGGUUAUGCAGUCAUUGCCUUCGGCUGUGCCAGCUGUCCAAAGAUCACGUGUGGUCGUGAGGGCUGUGGGACUGAGUUCUGUUACCACUGUAAGCAGCUGUGGCACCCAAAUCAGACGUGUGACGCGGCCCGACAGCAGAGAGCUCAGAGUCUGCGGCUGAGACCCUUCAGAUCCUCAUCCCUCAGCUACAGCCAGGAGAGCGGCGCUGCUGCCGAUGACAUAAAGCCAUGUCCCCGCUGUGCGGCCUACAUCAUCAAGAUGAACGAUGGGAGCUGUAAUCACAUGACCUGCGCUGUGUGCGGCUGCGAGUUCUGCUGGCUGUGUAUGAAGGAGAUCUCUGACCUGCACUACUUGAGUCCUUCAGGAUGCACGUUCUGGGGUAAGAAGCCUUGGAGCAGGAAGAAGAAAAUCCUGUGGCAGUUGGGCACUCUUGUGGGCGCUCCGGUUGGCAUUGCACUGAUUGCUGGCAUUGCUAUACCUGCAAUGAUCAUUGGGAUUCCUGUGUAUGUGGGCAGAAAGAUUCAUAAUCGUUAUGAGGGGAAGGACACCUCCAAGCACAAGAGGAACCUGGUCAUAGCUGGCGGGGUGACGCUGUCUGUGAUCGUGUCUCCAGUGGUUGCUGCCGUCACUGUCGGUAUUGGAGUGCCCAUCAUGUUGGCGUACGUCUAUGGUGUGGUGCCCAUCUCUCUGUGCCGCAGCGGUGGUUGUGGUGUGUCUGCGGGGAAUGGUAAAGGUGUCCGUAUCGAGUUUGAUGACGAGAACGACAUGAACGCGGGCACCGGAGCUGCUGUGACUGACACCACUUCGGUGGCAGAGACCAGGCAUAACCCCAGCAUCGGCGAGGGCAGUGUUGGGGGUCUGACGGGCAGCCUGAGUGCCAGCGGGAGCCACAUGGAGCGUAUUGGAGCAAUGAGAGACAACCUGAGUGAGAACGCCAGCACUAUGGCCCUCGCCGGGGCCAGCAUCACUGGCAGCUUGUCAGGAAGUGCCAUGGUCAACUGCUUUAACAGGUUGGAGGUUCAAGCUGAUGUUCAAAAGGAGCGCUGCAGUCUGAGCGGGGAGUCCGGCACCGUCAGUCUGGGGACAAUCAGUGACAACGCUAGCACCAAAGCCAUGGCUGGGUCCAUUCUCAACGCCUACCUGCCUCUGGACAGCAGGGACGGGAACAGUAUGGAGGUGCAGGUGGAUGUGGAGUCCAAGCGAGGGAAGCUCAGGCACUACAGCGGCAGCAGCAGUAUGGACGACGGCAGCAGCGGAGGACACGGGGCUGGUGUUUGCCCCUCCGGGUGUCCCCACGAGGACAAGUGCGUCACCUCUCGCUGGGCCAAGGAGCCGUCCUCCACCUCCUCCUCUUCAUCUGGCAAGAAGAGCAAAGGCAAGCUGCGCAAAAAGAGCGGCGGAACCAAGAUCAACGAGGCGCGUGAAGACAUGGACGCCCAGCUGCUGGAGCGGCGCAGCACCAACUCCAGCGAGUUAGACUCGCCCUCUCUGAGCGGCAGCCUGCCGUCUGUGGCCGACUCUCACUCCAGCCACUUCUCAGAGUUCAGCUGCUCCGACCUGGACGCCUGCAGACCGCCCUGCUACGAGUCUCACGUCCGACAUCCCAACACGGGCGGAGCGGUCAGCCCGCUUCCAGAGGUGGAGAACGACCGGCUGGAGAACUGUCCCCUCCCUCAAGCAGCGGUCGCCCCUCUAACCCCUGACGGGGCGGCAGAGCGCCCGCUAUGCUACAUUGCAGAGGAGAAUGUGAGUUUAAUACGCGCGGCUGACGCGGGCCAGAGCUCGCCUAAAGAACACAAUAACAACCUUCCUCAGCCGACUAGCCCUGUGCAUAACGCCUGCGUUCAGACAGAGAUCUGACCAGACCAGCCAACCUUUAUUACCAAGGAUUGCACACUCAACUGAAGAUUUUAAAGCUUGUUUCAUGGAGGUUUAAUGUCCUGUGCGGUCGAUGAUUUGAAUGUUGGAGGAGGAGCGCCACUAUUUACACUGGUCAAGGGCAGGAUGUGCCUUUGAGCUUUCAGAAAGCUCGCAGUGACCGUUUGAUCGGUCACCGUCGGUCAGUGCUUACAGUUAGACCGAAGCUCGGAUAAGAUUCAGAAAGGCAACAGAUGAAUGUAAGGCAGGAAGUGAUGCACAGAUACUGACACAGAUGAUGAGGAUGAUGAUGAUGAUGUAGCUGUCAAUCACACAGGCCUGUGUUUCAUUGUUCAGGGUCGCUGCCAUCAAGAGCCUAACUAAUGAGGAUAAACCCCCCAAAAAAACAUGUCCAGCUCAUUUUUCACCCCAAAAUUAGAAGGAAAGAAGAGACGUAUCAUUCCUUGCAUACUGGAAAUGAAGUCUCUGUUUAGGACUAAUUUGAUUUGUGACCGUUUCAUGUUAAUUAAAGGGAUAUUCACCCAAAAAUUAACAUUCUGUCAUAAUUUACCCCCAUGCAGUUUCAAACCUGUAUUUCUUUCUUCUGUUGAACAUAUAAGAAGAUAUUUUCAUUUCAAGUCAAUUAUACUGACUCGUAUAGGUUUGACUAAAUGACAGAAUUUUUAUUUUUGGGUGAAUAAUCCUUUUAAGAACAUUUCCCCCCCUUUCUCUUUAUUGUAAUGUAAUACAUCAGUUUUUUUUCUUUGUAAUUGCUGAUUAUUCUUAUUAGACUCUUUAUACUAUAAAACAGUAUUUUAUUUCUGUAUUUCUAUAAAUAAAUCUGACAGUACAACAAAUUCUACUGAGAUUUAAAUGUACAUAAUUUUUGCAAUACAAUAAAAUAUAUUUUUCCUCCCAUUACAGUUGUGGGAAUUGGGAGGGGAAAUGUGCUUAAUUUUUAAUGAAAAUGUCUCGGGCUGAAAUAUGACCAUGACGUGUUUUUGACAGAUACCAUGUGACUGACCUGUGUUUCCAGGCACCUUCACUACACACACACACACACACGCUCUCAGUUAGCCACCAUUUAGCUUUAGUUGGAGGAGUCUGCAACCAUUCAAAGGCACCGAGGAAGUCUGGAGGGAUCCCGUCAAGAUGAGCCCACGAGGGACCAGGCCCUUUCACAGCAGUGAUUCUCCUACAUGAUCGUUUCAUUUCUCUCUUGUAGAGUCACUGCUUAUUUAGCAUUUUUGGGAAAGCAGGAUGUGUCCAAGCCCUGUGUGGUGUGUACUGCCUGAGAGAAGAGCUGGAUGAAGCCGUGUUGAGCCCCCUGCUGGUAGGACGGGACGGGUUUGAAAGGAGGAAGAGAGUCUGGCAGUGUUAAAAAGUCCACUGACAAUUCUCAAUGGCUUUUAUUGAUGCAAUGGUUUAUAUUUAUGAAUCAGAAAUAUUUGCACCCUGUAAAAAAAAAAAAAAAAAGUCAAACUACUUUCAUUGUAAAGGCUAUGAUGGUAAUCACAUUCAGGUUGUUUCAACCAAUUAAGUGUUUUUUUUUUUUUUUUUUCUCAUUUAUGUAUCUGUAUCGACUCAUGGUGCCUUUUGGAUCAUAUAAAAAUGUUUUGUGUCUUAUGAAUUCAAAUGUAUUGGAUGAGGCUGCAUUGAAUGUUAGCGAGGCGGCGUAGCAUUGUCUCCGCCUACCAAAGACAGCACUCAGCUCACGGACGCUGACUCCUGCACACUUCACACACUCACAGUUUACAGACGUGUGUUUGCACUCUUCAUCUGCUUCAUCUCGCGCUGCUCCGGAGUCUCUCCGACUGAUCCAAUGCCACAAGCUGCUUUGAUUUUUGUUCCUUCUAUUUCUUUAGGGGUUUUUUCUCUCUCUCUUAUGUUUUGAGCCUGCCCAUAUCUGUAUGAAUAUUACUUCAGAGGCUAGGGCUGAUGGAUUUCUAACUUGUUCAAAACAGCUUACUAUUUGUAUAUUUGCGUUAUAAAAUGCGUGUAAAUGCAUAUCGAAAUGAAAAUAAAAACAUGAAUCCAGA